AUGGUCCGACACCUGCCCUGGACCCAUCCACAUCUUAAAGUCCAUUACGCUACCACAACCAGCUGCAAUAAAUCUAGUAGAAUGGGGUUUCCCCGGACUCCGCGCGGAGGCAGAAGAGGUCUCAUGUACAAAUCGCCCUCCAGCAGCAAGAGCAGCAACUGGCGUUCUCCAGGUCGAUAUGGCAACACCAGCCCACCUGAUUCGUCGCAAAAGAAGCGGCUAGACGGGCUCUACCUCGAGGGGAACUGGUACUGCAACUGCGAGCCGCGAUUGCAAGCCAAGCAUUUCCAGGUAAAGAAGAAGGGGCCCAACACGGGGAGAUACUUUUACACUUGUGAUGCAAGGAAGUGUAAUUUCUUCCUCUGGGAUGAAGACGCAAAGAACAGAGCAAGCGAUUCCACGUUGACGUUACCGCCUAUGCCGGAGGAUGGUGCUUUGGUAGAGGCUAUGCCUGCAACGGCGAUCGAGACUUUCACACCUGGCUCGAGGGCGGCGACGAGGCCUCUGAACUCUGCUGCUGUUGCACCUGCUUCCCUGCCUACACCAGCACUGUCCACGCCUAGACAAAAGUCCAUGGGAGAUUACCUGACAAGGCAUACUGAAGAGACACCGUCGAGGGCUGGGAAGAGGAAGAGGGUUCUUUUUGAGUUUAGCGAUGACGAACAGGACGACUAUGGUCUGGAAAAUCUCUCUUCGGACGAAGAAAGGCAAAUGAACGACGCCAUGGAGCGAAGCGCCAAAAAAUUGAGGAGCACGGCGCCAGCUACUCCUUCUGUAAGGCGAGAGACGGAUGAAUUCACAACCAUGCCGGGUACGGUUACGCGAACUCUCUUCCCCGAUUCCAGGUAUCGAAGAGAGGAUAACCUCCCUGCCAGGGCAGAUACCAGCAGUGUACCCUUUUCUACCGUCAGCUCACCUUCAACAAUGACCGUCAGGCCGUCCUUGUCGCCACCGCCCACGUCACAAGUUAAAGAGGAAGAGCAGCAGCUGGAUCCUACAGACGAGGUACUCUCCCUCCUGAGGGGGCAGCGGCUGGAUGAGGCAACAAUGAGAAAUGUGAAGGAUGUGCUGCGACGAUUCGCAAUGAAGGCGAAGGGCGCCGCCAGGGGUCGGGAGAGCGUGCGGGCCGCGCUGAAGGUGAAGGAUGAGAGGAUCGCAGAGCUGCAGGACCGCGUUACGAGCUUGGAGAACCGGAACCGGGUGCAGAGGGAGGAGAUAUCCGAAUUCAAAGCAGGAAUCAUGGAUCUGUAUUCAAAGUAUUAG